GAGAGGCACUGAGGAGGGAACACUUUUUCUGACUCUUAGACACACACACAUAUACACACAUACACUCACAUACUCAGUGAUACACAUACACACUCACACUGACACAAAGACAAGACAUCUAUUGUAAACCCCACCACACACACAAGUAAACAUACUUGUUGAUCAGACCACCACACACACACACGCUUCACUGGAUUGUGGACUGACCACUUGAGGAUACAUCCCUCAGGACUCUAUUUCCCAACAUGCACCGGAGGAGCCUCUUGGAUCUCCAGGGGGCUUUGUGCCCACGGACUACGCAGGAUGGAGCCCCCUCUUGGUGCUCCAGGCUGAACGUGGGAUCCAAGCGCCGCUCCCCGCUGACGGGAGCUCUCGUAUGGGCAAGUCUGCUCCUGGGCGCCCUGCUGGUUCCUGGAGCCCAAAGCUUCCUGACAGAAGAGCAGGAGGAGCUGCUGGUGGACCUUCACAACCACUACAGAGGACAGGUCUCCCCCACGGCUGCCGCCAUGCUGCCUCUGAAAUGGGACCCAAAUCUGAAGGUUCUUGCAGAAGGCUACGCUGCUAAAUGUAUCUGGAACCACAACCCGGAGCUGGAGGAUACCGGAGAGAAUCUUUUUGCCGAUAAUGGACCUCUGGACCUCUCCAAGGCUAUGGAGAAAUGGUUUCUAGAACACCUGGACUACGAAUACCAUAACAACAGCUGUGAAGAGGAUAAGAUGUGUGGACACUACACCCAGAUGGUGUGGGCGGACACACACAGAGUGGGCUGUGCCUUCCAUCACUGUAACACCAUGGAGGGUCUGGAGUGGGAGAGAGUCUCCUUCCUCGUCUGCAACUACUUCCCAGCAGGGAACUUUGAGGAUCAGCGGCCGUACAUGGAAGGAGAGUGGUGUUCCAUGUGUCCCGACGACUACCAGAACUGUGAGAACAACCUCUGUGCUCUUGACAUGGGGGACGUCGAAGGAACACCUGAUCCCUCCCUGCAGCCCCCGUAUGGGGUUUCCACUGGACCACAUCCCUCAGACCAGCUGGAAACCACCUCCCUCACGCCCGACGUUGCUGCGACCCUCCUUACAGACAGCUCUGAGGAUAGUCCGCCACCUGUGACCACUGUGGACGGGCCAUCUGGCCCUGGAGUCCCCUCAGCAACGCUGGGACAGCGGGAGGAGGGGAAGGUGCUGCAGGAAGACAGGCAUAGAACCGAAGGAGCAAACAGGGAGGAUGAAACAUGGAAGAAUGUAGAUCUGCAAAAAACUCCCCAUAGCAAUGUUUGUGCCAGUUCGGUGUCCGCUCCCUCAGUGCUGCUAGCCUGUCUGACUGGAAGCCUGAUGUUCCGGCUCUGAAGAGGAAAAGAAGGAGUGAAAGAAGAGGAGGCAUUAAGUUCUCCUCAUCUCUCCUGCAGUGACGGCACGUCGCCUUGUUAAUCCGCCUCGCGGUAACAAACGGUUUCCUUCCUCCUGAAUAUGCCCUCCCCAGAAAACAGCUGUUUUCACAACAUCUGCGUGAACUCUGGCCUGAGAUCCGAUCACGUAACACAAGAACAACCUGCUUCACACGACCGGCCGCUGGGCUAAUCUAAGAUUUAAAACCACUAUCAGAAGCAGUUUCCAGGGGGAAACCUUUUCCAUCAGAAGCCUUAUCUCUUUGAAUAUUAAGAUUAAUUUAUAAAGUAAGUCAACUUUGCUUAUUUCAUCUAUGUGUUCUUUAAAAGACAACUGAAUUUUGCAGCUGAUGAGUUGCUAACGAUCUGUGAGCAUCUGUAUGAAUAUGAAUAAUAAAUGACUGAAGCAGUUUCAUUGUAUGAACCACCAAGACGGCGGUCAUGUGACAUCAGAAUCUUUGUGAAGGCUUGACAACCGGAGCAACAACAGUAGCGCAGCUACUCGGGCGCUAAUGACGCGGUUAACUGGAGCUAAUGGGGAACCAGCCAGGAGCUAACCGCUAACCACCAGCUGUUACCUAAACAUGAACUCCUGAUUUCAUUCAGUUUGUCCAUGAUCAGUUAGCUGACUGUUCAAGGAUUCAUUGAUUCAAGGUGUUAAUCACCAUUACAUCCAGAUGAUUAAUUCACUUAUUGAUUAAGCAUCGAUUUAGUCCUCAUUAACCACUCACGAGGUUCUACUAAAUUUGAGCGCAAAAGUGACGCAGUAAAUAAUAUAUACAUGGUAUAUAUGAUCUAUUUAUCACUAUCGUAAAUUAUAUCCACUACAUAGCGAAGACUCAUUUAAAAUGUUGUCGUCUGUUUAUUGGGGAAGCAAAUUAAAGAACCAUCAUUUAUUAGUUAGGAGAUACAUUUCCACGUUUCCAUGACACUUUUGUGAUAAACCAGAUUAUCAAGUCGCCUGAAAAACAUCCUUCUGGAAGCGUAAAAAGGUUUUUUCAAUUUUCUGGAGGUUUUUUUUAGAAUUAGAGCUGUUUCCAGUUCAAGUUUUCGGUUUUGUUCAAAUGUAGAGCUGAUGGAAACCGACCCUGAACUAAUCAUUAGCUACUAAUGACACCUGUCCAGAUGUUUCGUCUUGAGGUGAAGGACACUAAAAGGAAUUUAAAUUUUUAACUUUUUAAUUUUUAACUUUCUAAUUUUAGGUGAAUUGUUUCGUUCAAGUGCCUUGAGAUCACAUUUCUUGUGAUUUAAAUUAAACUCCAGAGGGUUACUGGAGAAUAAAUUAUAAGAGGUUUUUUUUUUUUUACUUUCAUGAAUUAUUUUGUCAUUAGAUACUGAAGUUUGCAAAAAACAGUUACUUGUCCAGCAAAGGGUUAAAUGUAGUUUCGGGGACUUCUGGACAAAGUCACGACACUUGAUAUUUGAUAUAAAACAUCAAAACACAGAGCGCUAGCGCCCCCUCCGCCGCCCCUCCAGGGCUCUGUGUACAUGUGUACAAGUAUGAGCCCUCCCCCUGUAGGUGAUUGGCUGGUUUUGAGGGCGAGCCGCUCCCACCCUGCUUGUUUCCGGUGUAUGGAGUCAUGGCUGAGUGUGUUGAGUGUACUCGGUAGAUGUUGAGAUGUUCACAGACUGGGACAAAAAAAAAGGGUUUGGGGUUAAAAAUGACCCUUACCCUCCCUUUUAGUUACAGUUAGUCCCUGAAACAUCCCUCAACAUAUCCUGUGUACCUCGGCACAAUAAGGUUUUUUCAUGUGUUUUUAUAGCAGAUACCUCAGAGAAUAAACCAGAAGCAUUGCAAAGGUCUUCAGCAGUCAGGUUUCACCUCCUGGUGUUUGUUUUUUUCUUUCUACCAGAUUAAAUAUCUCACGUAAGAAACAACUGAUGAAGGAAAUGCAAAAGGAGGGAUAAAUAUGUUCAUUGUGAUUUUUGUGCUUUCGUGACGUACACUUGACGUACA